ACAGCUUUUCCGGUUUCACAUUGUCACAUGACGUGAGGAAUCGAUGGCCAGAAACUAACAUCUCUACCCAAAAUUUACCAAUGGCAGUGUUAUCAAGCUGACAUGGCAGGCUGAGCUUGUAAGAACCAUGCCGCUCCAAGAUCAUCGCAUGUCAGUGUUCACCUUUCAGUCUGCAGUGCACAGCGCCCAUGUUCUCCAGUGUCUGAAUGACCAGAGGCAGCGUGACGUCCUGUGUGAUGUGACGGUGGCGGUGGAAAACCAGAGUUUUCGGGCCCACUGCUCUGUCUUGGCUUCCUGCAGUGAAUACUUUCACAGCAGAGUUACCAGUGUCACCAGACAUAAUCCCAUCAUCACCUUGCCUGAUGAGGUGACCGUUGAGGGGUUUGAACCUUUGCUUCAAUUUGCCUACACCUCGAAGCUGCCUUUCACCAAAGAAAACAUUCACGCCAUUCACAGCAGUGCUGAGAUUUUAGGAUUCCAUAACUUGGAGUCAGCAUGCUUUGAUUUUCUCAUUCCAAAGUUUUCUGAAGGCAGAAGAACCUCACGGGAUGUCAGGCAUAGAGCCUGUUGUCUGAGUCAGAAUCCCAGUGCCAGUUUUGGCCCCAGCGUAGAGAGCAGCCAACCAAAAUCAUUUGAGUCACACAGCUCAGUGCCUUCAAGUGUUGAUGAACAGACAGAUUUCCCAUCACAGUGUCCUCAGAGUACACAGGGUCAGACCAACAGCGGGGAAGAACACUUCUGUUUGGAGAACUGCGGGCCACAAAUGGCCCCCUUAUCUCUGGAGUUAACAGCGAAUGGCGUGUGCCCCAUGUUGUCUUUGCCGUGCCCAGACUCUGAUAAAGCAGAUCAACCCUCUCAGUUCAGCGAAAGAGACAUUUUAGAGAUAGGAGAUGUGUGUAAUCAAAGUGAGUUGAGUUUGACAGACUGUGACUUACCCUGUGAGUUGUCAAGCCCAGGGGAUGGGAAUCCACCAGAACUCAUUGAGCCAGCAGGCAGAGAUGUUAAGCAGACUGUUGAGACGCUUCGUGCUGAAACCGACUGCAACCCCGGCUCAUGUCCGCUCGCAGCAGGGGCAGAAUGUUGCAGUGAGUUAUUAGAGCAGAGUAAGGCUGGCCGUGAACCCAAAAUGGAAGGUGAUCUCUCAGACCCUACACCAACUGAUCUAUGCCACGCAGAGGGAAUUGGGGAGAGGAGCAGUGAGGAGAGGGAGGUGGCUGAACAUCUGGCUAAGGGAUUUUGGUCUGACCUAUGCCCAUCUCAGGCUCAACCACCCCCCUUGGAGCCCAUGGACCAAAACAAUCUGGCAAAAGCAUCAGACUUUCAUUGGCUUAAGCAGCUGGACCUUAGCUCCAGUGUAGGAGACUGUCCCUUCCUCAGAGACUUUGGGUCAGGUGAUGACCCGGCCCCACGCACUGACAGCCUGUCCCAGUCAGAGAAGAGCCCCUACAUGUCCUCCUCGCUCAACUCUGGGGACGACUCUGACCUGGACACGGAUGGAGAUACUGAGGCCAACAACAAAAGAGCAGCAGAGAUUCAGCUCCCAUUCCCGGUGGAGCAGAUCUCAGCGCUGAGCCGGGGUGCCUUCCAGCAGCUUCUGAGACAACAUCAGCUGACUCAAGAUCAGCAGGAGUUUGUCCAUGACGUCCGUCGACGAAGCAAAAACCGUGUGGCUGCACAGCGCUGCCGAAAGAGGAAACUAGACAGCAUACACCAUCUAGAAUGUGAAAUCAAAAAAUUGAAAAGUCAGAAAGAGCGGCUGCUGCAGGAGCGAACUGAGUUGGAGCAAAACCUGGAGGAGACGAGGCAGAGUCUGUGCGGGUUAUGUAAGAGUGUCAGCAUCGAGUCUGGCUCUGAUCAGGACCACUUGGAGCUUCUUGCCAAGGUCUCCUCAUCAGACUCCCCCAUCUCCUCCCAUAGCCUUUUGGAUGAAGAUGAGGAGUCCCAGAUCACUAUUGAAAUGGUAAGUUGUUCUUCAGAGUGUGACCCGAGCAAGCCGCCUGCAUGCUCAGUUCAAACUGCUGCACCAGAGGCUGGCACACAGACAAAGGAGGCCGGCUCUCCACAGAGUUGCCCCGUUCCCGCAUCUCUGCUCAACGUCUGUCUGGACGUGAACAACAGCUUAUAAUUGGGACUCGGUUUCCAAUUUCUAAUCUUGCAGGCCCACGGAGCAGGGGAUGGACUCUUGAGUAUAUACUGUAAUCCUCUUUUGGGAUAGAUAUGCUUUCCUGUGUAUUUCACUGAAUGGUUUUCUGCCUUAUACAGGUAUCUUAAAGUGACAGAGUACUUUGCUGUGUUUCUAAUAUGCAUUUCACUGUAGUAAAUACACAAUCCAUUAUUCAACAGUUUGAAAGUGCACACAAUUUUCAGGUAAUUCCCAAAUGUUUUUCUCAGGGAAACUCAUAACCUGACUAUGUUUUGAUGGCUAACAUAAUUCUCGCUGCACACCCAUCCUAUGCACACACACACACACACACACACACACACACACACACACACACACACACACACACACACAGUUAUAAAAAUUAGAUCUUUCUUUAAUUUUAGGCUAAUUAGUCUAUCCUUAUAAUCUUAACACAUUCUGUAUUAUUUUACCACUAUGCUAUUACUUUAAUUCAAUAUGCAUAGCACUAACAUCUUUUACAGUAGAUAACAAGGAAUUGUUGCAGGUAACAUGAAUUCUCAACAGCAUUAUUUUAGGGCAUUUUUAGGCCUUUAUAUAUGCGUUUCCUUUUUAUUUUCAUGACUAUUUACAUUGUAGAUUCUCA